GGUCAACGUCAUGAACGAAAACAAACGAAAAAGGGAUGGUGGUGUUGGUCCACAGAUAAAGACUCAAAUGCCCCGUACCAAUAAGUUGGUAGAUAUAAACCGAAAAUUAUCUGAUGCGCAAAGGAGUAGAAUUAUGAAAACUCCAUUCCGAUAUCCGGUGGAAAUGAAGACCUAUAUAGGAAUGAAUGGUACUUUAUUGAAGGAAUUAUUGCAUAGGUGGGAUGCAAGUAGCUUAGGAUUUAGAGUAGGCGUUAGAACUGUGGCCUUUAAACAUCUAGACCUUUGUUUGGCUCUAGGUUUGCCUAUUUUAGGAGAAUCUUUGCCGGAUAGUGUACAUUCAAAGCUGAAGGUCCUUCAAGAAGAGGACAACAUAGAUGAUUUUUGUAGAGUUUACAUUCUAUUUGCCUUGUGUGUCUUAUAUUUUCCGAAAUCACAUGUUGAGGAAUUGGUUCCAACGCAAGAAGACAUGGAAAAUGAUGUAUUGGUUAAAGCCGUUAACGAUUCUGAAGUUGGUAUUGGAGAUGGUGCAUAUCCUUUAUUUGAUGUGCAAGCUUAUAUGGCUGAACAUCAAAGGUUGGUGGGCGAACACAAAGAUUUGCUUUCCCGUGUUUCAAUCCUUGAGGAUGAUAUGAUGAUAUUUAAAGCAAAUAGUGUUCACGGUAGGGAAAAUAUUUCGAUGCCAAGUAGCGUGGAAGUAGGAAGUGGGUCAAAACAGGUGGAGUUAAGUGUGGUAAGAUUGAUGUGGAUAAUGAUGGGUUGA